CUCUCUGCCUAGCACCUGAUGACAAUGCUGUGAGGACACGCUCCAGCGUGCAUACACCUUGCAUAAUAGCAGCAGCAGAUGAGGAGGGACGUGGUUACCUCCAUGUGGAGUCCCUUUCACCCUCUUACAAAAUCCCAGCAACAGGGGCAGGGUGAAGCCUAGUGGGAGUGGCAGCAUGGGGGACUCAUCAGAGGCCACCUUGCACAACAACUCUCUGUGGUGGCUAGCAUGCGGGAUGUUAGCCCUCUUGGCCAACUCCUGGAUUAUUCUCAGCAUCACAGCCAAGCAACAGAAACACAAGCCGCUGGAGCUGCUCCUAUGCUUCCUUGCUGGGACCCACAUCCUCAUGGCAGCAGUGCCCCUCACCACCUACGCUGUGGUGCAGCUGCGGCGUGAGUCCUCUGACUAUGACUGGAACGAGAGCAUCUGCAAGGUCUUUGUCUCCACAUACUACACGCUGGCUCUGGCCACCUGCUUCACAGUGGCCUCCCUCUCCUACCACCGCAUGUGGAUGGUGAGAUGGCCAGUAAAUUAUCGGCUAAGCAAUGCCAAGAAGCAGGCUCUGCACGCAGUCAUGGGCAUCUGGAUGGUGUCAUUCAUCCUCUCCACCCUGCCCUCUAUCGGCUGGCACAACAACGGCGAGCGCUACUAUGCCCGUGGCUGCCAGUUCAUUGUCAGCAAGAUAGGACUGGGCUUUGGCGUCUGCUUCAGCCUUCUGCUUCUUGGGGGAAUCGUCAUGGGCUUGGUGUGCGUGGGUAUCACUUUCUACCAGACCCUGUGGGCACACAGAAGACGCCGGCAGUGCCGCCAUCAGCGGACAGAGGAAGCGUCAUCCUCGUGUUCUUCCUCAGCACACAACACUUUCAAUGUGCCAGCCAUUGUAGUGGAGGAUGUGCGAGGCAAAAGGAGGUCUUCCCUGGAUGGCUCUGAGUCAGCCAAGACCUCCUUGCAGAUGACCAACCUCAUCAGCGCUAUUGUCUUCCUGUAUGACACACUCACUGGGGUGCCUAUCUUGGUUGUGAGCUUUUUCAGCCUGCGCUAUGAUACAGCCCCCACCUGGAUGGUUCUGGCUGUGCUCUGGUGCUCUAUGGUGCAGACCCUGCUGCUCCCCUCCUUCAUCUGGUCCUGUGAGCGCUACCGGGCUGACCUCCGCACUGUGUGGGAACAGUGUGUGGCUAUCAUGUCUGAGGAAGACGGAGAUGAUGAUGGGGUAUGUGAGGAUUAUGGUGAUGGCAGGAUCUGCAAAGUGAGAUUUGAUGCAAAUGGUGCUGCAGCUGUGAAGCGGGACUCCCGGGACAUCAAGCUGCUACCCAUGCAUCACAUGUUGUUGCCCCAGGACAAGGUGCAUUAUCUCCAGGUCCCUAUCUCCCGAAGAAUGUCACAUGAUGAGACAAACAUCUUCUCCUCCCACCGCUCUGCUCCAUCCUUCCUACACAAGUGGUCCUCAUCCGAUGAUAUCCGCAUCUCCACCCCCCGCAAACCUGGAGGCCCUGGCUUCUUGCCUCCUCAGCUGCAUGACUACCAGCACCGCCGGCGGCCCCCAGAAGAUGAGCUGACAACCCUCCGGCAGUUUCUGGAAGGGGGGCUGAUGCCCCGGGGAUCCAGCUCCAGUGCCUGCUUCUUCCGAGAUGAGAUCACCACAUUCAUCGAUGAGACGCCACAACCCACUCCAGCCUGCAGCCCACGGCACUCCCGUCUCUUGCUCACGUCACGCCGUGAUCGCCGCCUCUCGCUCGGCAGCAGAGAGGAGGAGAAUGCUGACCGUCCACGGCGCUGCUCGCUGGCUGGCAACGAAGCCUGGCAUCCGCAGGAAGGAGAGCAGGCACCACAUGAACGGACCCUUGAGGCCUGUGAGGCUCAAACCUUCCUGGAUCCCAAACUUUGAGAGACAGCAUCAAAAACAUUCAGUGCCAUCAAGGUUUUUAAAUAAAACUUCAGAUGUCACCUUGUCCUGAGACCCAAUUACUCAUUUACAUUCUCAUCUUUCUCGCCAGCAGGCAGGAGAAAAGGCACCUCACAGUCAUGGGGAAAGCGUGACAGAUCUGCAGAACGGACUGUUAUGGAUGUGGACGGUCUGCGCCUGCUCUCAGGUUAUAAACACAACCGCCGCUGUGAAAGCCAUUUGGCACCCUAGCCAGUCCCAUCCCUUUGUGAACUCCUCCACCCUCGCGUUAGCCCUGCCCUAAAAGACAAGGCAGGCACAGGAUGGUAUUAAAAUUCUAUACUUGGAGUGUCAA